GCUCAGGCCAGUUGUGAUCGCGAGCCAGCCAGAGUAACACUAAGUCCCAGACGUAACCAAUCCAAGCGCUGCUUACGCUCGUAAAAUGGGAUACAAGGGCAACCGCGAAUGCAUCUCCGUCCACGUGGGCCAGGCGGGCUGCCAGAUGGGCAACGCCUGCUGGGAGCUCUACUGCCUCGAGCACGGCAUCCAGCCGGACGGCCAGAUGCCCUCCGACAAAACCAUCGGCGGAGGUGACGACAGCUUCAACACCUUCUUCGCCGAGACCGGCGCUGGCAAGCAUGUGCCGCGCGCCGUGUUUGUCGACUUAGAGCCUUCCGUGAUAGACGAGAUCCGCACGGGCACCUACAGGCAGCUAUUUCACCCUGAACAGCUGAUUACGGGCAAGGAGGACGCGGCCAACAACUACGCACGAGGCCACUACACCAUCGGCAAGGAGAUCGUGGAUAUCGUUCUGGAUCGGAUCAGAAAGCUGGCGGACCAGUGCACGGGUCUGCAGGGCUUCCUGAUCUUCCACUCGUUCGGCGGCGGCACCGGCUCUGGCUUCACCUCGCUGCUGAUGGAGCGGCUCAGCGUCGACUACGGCAAGAAGUCGAAGCUCGAGUUCGCCAUCUACCCGGCGCCACAGAUCGCCACGGCCGUGGUCGAGCCCUACAACUCGAUCCUGACCACUCACACCACGCUGGAGCACUCGGACUGCGCCUUCAUGGUCGACAACGAGGCCAUCUACGACAUCUGCCGCCGUAACCUGGACAUCGAGCGUCCGUCGUACACGAACCUGAACCGGCUGAUCGGCCAGAUCGUCUCCUCCAUCACCGCCUCGCUCCGCUUCGACGGCGCCCUCAACGUUGACCUGACCGAGUUCCAGACCAACCUGGUGCCGUACCCGCGCAUCCACUUCCCGCUGGCCACCUACGCGCCGGUCAUCUCGGCCGAGAAGGCCUACCACGAGCAGCUGUCUGUGAGCGAGAUCACCAACGCCUGCUUCGAGCCGGCCAACCAGAUGGUCAAGUGCGACCCACGCCACGGCAAAUACAUGGCUUGCUGCAUGCUGUACCGCGGCGACGUCGUGCCCAAGGACGUCAACGCCGCCAUCGCUGCCAUCAAGACCAAGCGCACCAUCCAGUUCGUCGACUGGUGCCCGACCGGCUUCAAGGUAGGCAUUAACUACCAGCCGCCGACGGUGGUGCCCGGCGGCGACCUGGCCAAGGUGCAGCGCGCCGUCUGCAUGCUCUCCAACACCACCGCCAUCGCCGAGGCCUGGGCCCGCCUCGACCACAAGUUCGACCUGAUGUACGCCAAGCGCGCCUUCGUGCACUGGUACGUCGGCGAGGGCAUGGAGGAGGGCGAGUUCUCCGAGGCGCGCGAGGAUCUGGCCGCUCUGGAGAAGGACUACGAGGAGGUCGGAGUGGACUCGGCCGAAGCCGAGGGCGAAGGGGAGGAGUACUAAGCCGCCAAGUGCUGAUCUCUGCAUUUCUAUUAAGAUCUCUUUGUUGUGUUCGCGAUUUGCCCGCCUUCGUGAGGCUCCGCUUGAGACAAGUAUGCGUGCAGAUCUACCAAGGCUGCUUUUUAUGGCUGUGCUAACAAUGAAUGGCGUGGCAUGGCGGGGUUAUCUGUUUAGUACGUACCCAUUUGCAAAUCUAGUCAUUGGUGAACACUUCCAGUAAGCAGGAUGUUUGCUGUCAUCCGGACCAGGCCGUGGAAUUCACUUCAAGUACCCAUAAAACCAGACGCGUGCGUCACAACGAGAGCAAGGGUACUGGAUAAGUUGGAAAGGCCUGAGAACGCCGUCAAAUUACAUCUCACGGGCUACCGAUUUCACGACGUGCUUCGCUUUUCAAAGAGUGGCUUACAACAAAUUGUCUCAGAUCAGAACGUGCUGCCUUCUUUUUGCUACUUACGCUCUCAACAACAGGGACAGCGGACGGUGCGGCACCAAGACAAGACAGUCGGAUGUGUUCAUUUCCGCAAGAAUACAUCUUUGAUAUGCGAA